GGGACGGUGACGUGGCAGCGCGCUAGCAGCAUCAUGGCGGUACACCCGCUAAGACCAAGAUGGGGGUUACGCCAACGUCAAAACCGUUGCGGGAAAGGGCGACGAACCAUGUACCGGCGGUCCUUGGAGCCGCAGCCGCUCGACGCGCUUUGGCUGGAGGCCGAGACGGAGGCAUUUGCGCUCAAGCUUGUGGGCCUCGAGCUGCCGACCGAGUCUGCGCCCCGGGGUCCGCCGUCGCUCGGCGAGAUCAACGACCUCGACUUUUAUGCCCUUGCCGACAACGACGACCCAGCACACACUGGCUCAUCCACGUCGUCACCUGAGUCGAUCGAGCAGUGUGACGAGUUGGCUCCUCGCAGCGCCGGUGCGCGGCUCGUGCCAGGCCGUCGACCAAACGGCGCACCAGGCAAGACGGUCGUCGAGAGGGCGUACUCGCAGAUCGACGUCACGCGCGUCCGCGCUGAAAUGCAGCUCGUUGUGAGCCAGCUCCAGCGCGAAAAUGCGGAGCUCAAGAAGCGCCUCAAAGCGAGCGAGGCGCUCGCCAAUCAACAAAAGCAGCAGCUGCACGCCAAGCACAACCUCAAGGUCGCGGCCAAAGACCGCCACGUAGGGCAGCUCAAGGUGCAACUCGAAGCCGAGUCGACUGCCAAGGCCGCGCUCCUUGUCACUGUGGCCGCCCUCGAGACCGACCUCGCCGACGUGCGCUUCGAAAUGCGGAUGAUGGACAAGGCGUAUGCAACCGAGCGCGCGGUGUGGGUUGAGAAGGAGCAGCUUCUACGGUCGUUGAACACGUCAUCGUCGCAUUACUAAACAGCGUUCGUCUAAUGUCUUCAAGGAGCUACGCGUCAGAUUCUAGCCUACGGCGUCGGGGUAAACUUGACUCGGACGUCGUCGUCCGUCAUAAAGCCGGCGCUGACCGCGUUCGGGUUGCCGCCAAAGAGACGUCGCUCCCACGUGUUGAUGUCAAAGUAUAUGUACUGCAGCGC